ACAAAUUAAUGAAAACUUCUCUUAAAAGAUUUUAAAUGUGCCAUGUGCCAUCGUGUUAAUAAUCCCUUGUUCACUCUUGUGUACUUUUUUUUCGAAAAGAUAUCAAAUCGUUUAAUAAUCGUCAUAUUAACAUUCCGCGUGCGUAGAUAUCGCUGAGCUGCGUUUAAAACAGAGAGAAACGAGAGGAGAACAACAUAAGCGAUUACGAGCUAUUAUUAGGAGACACGUGUGUGGGCGAUUAUUGAGUGACUUCUGCAUCUUUAAAAAUGAAUAUUCAACAGAUUUUUCCGUUGGGCAACUUUUUGGACGAACAACGCCUGCGCCUCGCAAGGAUCGUGAGUUUCAAACUCGUCGAUAUCGUUGCGAAAUGUACUCAGGAAUGCGCAAAGAGUGUGAAUGCAUCAUUAAAGUUGUGAAAAAGAAAACGGGAAGUCUUUUUAGGAAUCUUGGAUGUGAAAUUUUCAAACCAGUUGAUGAUUUGAUGAUGGAAGUGCAUGCCGUUUAUAACUUUACAACAAUGAACUUGAUGAAUAAAGAGCUUUUUGGAAAUACAUGUCCUGUAGGAACGGAUGAGGAGUUUAUGGAAUUUGCUCAAACCGUGAAGGAUUUCUCGUUGAAUCUUGUGAAACCAUGCAAAAUACCUGGUCGUUUUGAAUCUGUCGAUGCAGAUUUCGAUAGCGGGCUCGUUGAAGCUGUAACUCCUAUUUUGCCGAAGGGUGCUUAUAACGCUUAUGUUCGCGUUUAUCGUGCCGAAAUGAAUCAAACAUUGGCUUUCCAAACGCUCUAUGGAAGUACCCCGGUAUUCGAUCCAAGCAGUAUUCCCGUCGUCAAUUCAAUAAUGAGCUUCUUUGGUUAACAUUAACGCGAUGGCAACAGGAUGUCUUCAAUAAAAUGUUCGGAUAAU